AUGGAUGACCCUUAUCACAACAAUGUGAACCAGCAGGUGACAGAGGGUGGAGAAUACACCUACACCCAGGAUGGAGGAGGUCAGGACGGCUACCCUUACCAGACAGACUACCCUCCACAGGAAGAGGAUGCUGCUAGCGAUGCCACCGAGGGUGCAGAUGAUGAUGAGCAGAUGUAUGAGGGGGAGUACCAAGGCAUCCCCCACCCCGACGAGAUCAAGGAGGCACGGCGGGCAGCCCGGCUGGAGGCCAGGAGGAAAGCCCGUCUGGCUGGCCAGCAGCAGGAAGAGGAGGAGGAAAACCUGCCAGAUCAGUACGAAGCCAUUAUGGAGGACUGUGGCCACGGACGAUUCCAGUGGAUGCUGUUCUUCGUGCUGGGCCUGGCACUAAUGGCUGACGGUGUGGACGGCUUCGUGGUGGGCUUCGUCCUGCCCAGUGCUGAGAAGGACAUGUGCAUAUCCAACUCUGACAAAGGAUUGCUGGGUCUGCUGGUGUAUGUAGCCAUGAUGGUGGGGGCGUUGGUGUGGGGGGGUCUGUCUGAUAAGAUGGGGAGGAGGAAGUGUCUGAUCUACGUCCUCUCAAUCGACCUGGUCUUCUCCUUCCUGUCCUGCUUCGCUCAGAGCUAUGGCUUCUUCCUCUUCUUCAGGUUCUGCUCCGGCUUUGGAAUUGGCGGCUCCAUCCCGAUAGUGUACACCUACUUCACAGAGUUCCUGCAGAUGGAUAAACGUGGAGAACAUCUGAGCUGGCUUUGUAUGUUCUGGAUGCUGGGAGGCCUGUACGCCUCCUUCACCGCCUGGGGGAUCAUCCCUCACUAUGGCUGGGGCUUCGCCAUCGGUUCAGAGAUCCAGAUGCACAGUUGGAGAUUGUUUAUUCUCGUGUGUCUCUUCCCUGCGCUGGCUGCCCUUGUUGGAAUCAUCUUCAUGCCGGAGAGCCCUCGUUUCCUCCUGGAGAAUGCCCGACAUGAUGAGGCUUGGAUGAUCCUGCGCCAAGUUCACGACACCAACUGGAAGGCCAAGGGGGAGCCAGAGAGGGUCUUCACUGUGACCAACAUUAAGACUCCACAAACUCAGGAAGACGAAUUCAUAGAGAUCCAGAGUGACACUGGAACUGCUUUCCAGCGCUGGACCGUCAGACACAUGACCAUGCUGCAACAGGUUAUGGCUAACAUAAUGUCACUAUCAGCUCCAGAGCUCAGACUGCAAGGCCUCUUCCUGGUUAUUGUCUGGUUCUGCUUGGCCUUCAGUUACCACGGGCUGGGAGUGUGGUUCCCUGAUAUGAUCAAAUACAUGCAGUAUGAGGAGUACGAGUCCAAGGUCCGAGUGUUCCACCGAGAACGGGUCGAACGGUUCCACUUCAACUUCUCUCUGGUCAACCAGAUCCACCGCGAGGGAGAGUACAUCCAUGACAAGUUUGCAAACAUUGAGAUCAAGUCUGUGAAGUUUGAGGAUUCUCUGUUUGAAAACUGCUACUUUGAGGAUGUCAGGUCAACCAACACCUUCUUUGAGAAUUGCACCAUCAAAAACACUGUCUUCUAUAACACAGACCUCUGGCACGAAAAGUUUAAAGAGUGUCGAAUGGAGAACACCACCUUCCUCCACCCAAAGAAAGGCUGCCAUCUGAACUUCCAGGAGGAGAAUGACAUUGUCAUCUACAUGGUCAGCUUCCUGGGCAGCUUGGCUGUGUUGCCUGGCAACAUCAUCUCCGCAUUGUUCAUGGACAAGAUAGGAAGAAUCAGAAUAAUAGGCGGCUCUAUGUUGGUGUCGUCUGCCUGUACUUUCCUGUUACUGCUAAGUUUCAGUCAAGGAGCUGUCAUAUGUUGGCAGUGUCUCUUCUAUGGCACCAGCGUGGCGGCCUGGAACGGACUAGAAGUCAUUUCUGUGGAACUCUACCCCUCCUCUAAAAGAGGGACAGCGUUCGGUAUCCUGAAUGGGAUCUGUAAGUUUGCAGCCAUCAUUGCCAGCUUCAUAUUUGCAGCCUUCAUCGGCAUCACUAAGAUCAUCCCCAUCUUCCUGGCCUUCUCCGCCCUCGUCUGCGGAGGUCUGGUAGCUCUAAAGCUGCCCGAAACCCGGGAGAAAAUCCUCUCUUGA